GAAUGGUGGGAAUCAGUGGAGUGGGAUGAUCCUAAUGCUAAGAACCUCCUUCAACCUUUCCUGAAAUAUCAUUGGUGGUGAUUGAGGUGUGAAGCAAAUAGAGGCAAACUGCAAAGGGAGUUGUUGACAAAUCGUUCCUUUCCAGAAAUCAAAGUCGCGUGCCACCUCAUGACACGUGCCAAUAAAAACCUCUUCCUCAAUUCGUCCCUUUUGUCCUCUCUCAGUGAAAACAAUUGGGUAUUCUAGAAGAGAAAACGGUAUGUCCGAGAUUGAAACCCUAGGUGGGUAUAUUCUAGAAGACAAAGAUGACCAGCCUUUGCUGGCUCACAAACUCCAACCAAGGUUGAAGCAGAAGAGGUGGUGAAAGUUGAAAGUGGAACUAUAAAGAAGGCUGACAAUAAAGCAGUGAUCAAUACUAGCAACAGGCCUCCGGCACCCAGCACCCAAGAAGUUUCCUGCAGUAGGAAGCACUACUCCUUAUGUGGGAAGGAAAGCAGGAGACAAGAAAGCAGGGAAAGUAAAGGAUUCCAAGCAAGGCAAUAUCUCAUCGUUCUUCCAGAGAGUUAAUUUCUGCAGAUUAGCAGGAUGAGGUUUCUACUUCUUCUUCCUAGCCAUAAUUCUUCAUUGGAUCUCGUUCUUCCUUUUGGUUUGACAAUUAUAGAUCUAGUUCUUCUUCAUCUACAAUGGGAGGCCUGAUUCUCUAUAUCAACACUGGUGGUGGCAGCCUAAUUCCUGUCAACUACUGAGGAGAUUCAGCGCAGAGAGCCCAGUUCAAGUCAAUGGUUUGUGUGAUGCAAUCUGUGAUUCCUAAGGAGAAGAAAUCCUUCCGUAGAAUUCCUCCCAUGAAGAUCUUUAAAGCUGAGGUAUCAGGAGUACAAUGCAUCAAUUGAGUACUACUGGGCUUCCUUCAUACUGGAGUCUAAUUCAUACCAUGCAACAUAUCAUACUGUGCUGAGAUGAUUGGUGAACCUUGCAGCCACAGCCAAACAUGGUAGGAGCUAGAAAGAAGUUGAUGUGUUGGUGUUUGAGUGGUGGAUGCAAAACGUAACAAACCUCAGAUCAAUGCUAUGUAAGUUUCUAGUUUUCGAUCCAAGGCUAUCUAUUCCAUCCAAAUUCUUUUGGUUUUUAUGAACCUUGCUGCCAUAGCCAAACACGGCAGGAGUUAGGAAAGAGCUAUGUGUUAGUGUUUGGAGCUAUGUCUGGUGGAUGUACAAGCAUAGUAAGCUUCAGAUCAAUGUUAUUUAUGGAACACCUGGGAUUGUUCAAGAAUAUAAUGUGACAACUACUUGCAAAUUGAGAAACCUAGGCAAAUUGGUAAGAAUCCAACAUCAGUGCUCUUUGUCCCCAACACACGUGGUAUGUUUCACUUGCUGUUUUCUAUUAAGAAACAUCCCAAAUCCCCAAAUUAUGAAGAUGAUGAUAAUAUAGGGAGCUAUCAAGCUGUUAUAAACCAUUUUUAUGAAUUAGGAGUUAAUGCUUCCUAUGUUAAUCUUCUUUUCUUUUCAAAUUUAUAAGAUUUUUUUUUUAAUAAUAUGAUUUUGAUUACUGAUCAAUAAUCAUGAAUUUGUAUAACCCUUCAAGGUUUUCACCUCUUCCUCCAGAACCAGUUGCUCUAAACUAUGGUCAUGAUGCAAAUCAUGAAAUCCCUCUGCUGCUGUUACUAGACCCAGUUUUGAGGAUAGUGUAUUUACCUAUUUCCAUCUCCACGCAUGUCAGUUUGCAAUUGUAUUCUGAAAUUCAGCGGUGAUUAUGGUUUUCUGAUUUGCAUUGUUCAAAUUAUCCGAGGAAUUGAAGAGGAAAGAGAGGAAGAUUGGUUAUGGCAGUUGAACUUAACCAACGGUAGGAGGUAUAUAUAUCAAGGAGAUUGAACUUGUGACACAUGUAGACUUUUACAACUUGCACUCAUCUGUUUCUUUUGGGACCUACAGCAUGGGAAGUGAAGCUGAAAGAAAAAGCUUUAGCAAGAGGAUUGGUUCUAUGCUUUUUCUAAAAUGACAUAGCUGCUACUGUAACUUGCAUCAAAGGGGAAGGUUGGAAGCCAGGUGGUAAUGAGAACUGCAUCAAUUAAUCUUAUCCAAUCCAAGAAGCAUUAUCCUGGGGAAUUGGAUCUAGUCUUGCCAUCAUGGAAAUAGUUCGCAACAUCUUACAAGAACUAAAGAUCAACCAUCACAGUUUUGAACGUCACACAAUUGUUAAAAGAUCAGAAAGAUGCUCAUAUUUGUUUAUGGUGAAUAGAAGAGCAGACUCUUGACAGGGAAAUUAAGAAUGUAAAAUCAAGGUAUUUAUAAAACAAAGAAUGAGUCUUCAUUUCCAAAUCAGUUUGCUGCUAAGCCAUUUCCAAAUUAGUUUCCAAAUCAACUAUCGAU